UAGCUACAGCAGUUUCUAGACCUGUAUCCUGCCUUAAUCUGAAUCUACUGAAUUUGAAGAUUUACCUCAAAAUGUACGGUGGAGAUUAUCAGAUACAAGGAACAAUCUUCCCUGCUCCAAAUUUCAACCCUGUUAUAGAUGCUCAGAUGCUAGGGGGAGCCCUACAGGGAAUAAGUUGUGAAAAGGAUACGUUGAUUGAUAUUCUAACACAGCGUUGCAAUGCACAAAGACUUAUGAUUGCAGAGGCUUACAGAAACAUGUAUGGGAGGGAUUUGAUAACGGACCUGAAAGAGAAUCUUUCUGAACACUUUAAAGAAGUUAUGGUUGGCUUGAUGUACCCGCCUGCAUCCUAUGAUGCCCAUGAGCUCUGGCACGCCAUGAAGGGGGCAGGCACGGAAGAAAACUGUCUAAUCGAUAUAUUAGCCUCAAGAUCAAAUAUGGAGAUCUUCCAGAUGAAAGAGGCCUACUCAAUGCAAUACAAUAGUGAUCUUCAGCAAGAUAUUUAUUCGGAGACUUCAGGCCAUUUCAGAGACACACUUAUGAACCUUGCACAGGGAAUUAGAGAGGAUGGGUAUGCGGAUCCUGCCAUGGCUGCUCAGGAUGCAACGGUCCUUUGGGAUGCAUGUCAGCAAAAGACAGGGGAACACAAAAACGUGCUACAAAUGAUCCUGUGCAACAAGAGUUACCAACAGCUGUGGAUGAUUUUUCAGGAGUUCCAGAAUAUCGCUGGACAAGACCUAAUAAAUGCCAUCAAUGAAUGCUAUGAUGGAUACUUUCAAGAACUACUGGCAGCUAUAGUUCUUUGUGUUCGAGAUAAGCCUUCCUACUUUGCUUAUAGACUCCACAAUGCAAUCCAUGAAUUUGGUUUCCAUAACAAAACUAUCAUCAGGAUUCUGAUUGCCAGAAGUGAAAUAGAUCUCUUGACUAUAAGACAACGCUACAAAGAGAGAUAUGGAAAAUCACUGUUUCAUGAUCUCAAAAAUUUUGCAUCAGGACAUUAUGAAAAAGCUUUACUUGCCAUUUGUGCUGGUGAUGCUGAAGAUUAUUAAAGGAAGAAGGAUUCAAGCAAGUUGAGCACAUUUCUCUAGAAGUGUAGGUUCACUCUGUACUAUAUACAAGAAUAGAAGAAUCAAUGCUCUAUAAUUUCUAAUCUUUUCAAAAAACAAGAAAGUCUAUUUUUGGUCAGUAAUAUAUUCUUCUUUCCCUAAGCUCUGAAGAAAUUGUAGUACUUUGACUAAUACAAAUUAAUUAAAACAGUCUAAUACAAAUAAUACCAAAUAAAGCUAUAUACAUUUAUGUAUAUUAUUUAGUCCCUUGACAUCCAUCCUACAGCAGUACUUAGAACACAUAAUCAAAUACCAAUAACUAGAUAAUACAAAUAACCUGUUAAAGAGCCAGUGCACUUUAACUCUGGGGCAAAACAUUAUUUGUCAUUUACCUUAAUGGAUAUUAUUCUCCUUCUAAUUCAUUUUCCUGCUCUUUUAGACUAUCUUAAUAUCCAACUCUUAUGCCCAACAAUAGAUGUCAAACUCACCCAAGCUCCUGGGCCAGAUCUGAACCAAAGAGCUCCUCCUUACCAGCCAGAUCUAGAUGUAAGGAGCCUCACAGGCUGGAUCUGGACCCAGAAGUUGGGUGACUGGCAG